GAUUAAGGAUUGAGCAAGGCCCUGCAGGAUCUUUACUGUAAAUGUUAUCUUCUCGAAGUUCAGCAGUGAUUCCUUUAUCGAUUUGUUUUCGCCGGACGAUGAAAGGAACAACGUGAUAGGCUAGCUGGAUAAGUUGCGCCGGCGCUGAUAUUCUCACCAACAGCUGCUGGAAUGUGGCCGUGAAAAACACCAGCCUCCGACGAUGACGUUGUUCCCUCAACGAUAGCAGCCAUGUUGAACAUCUCAUUGUAGUUUGAGCGUUCAAGAUGAACUGUCUUGUAGAAACGAAGAGCCAAUCACGCACGAUAGAGACAACACGCGGUCAUCUUGGAAGUCCCAAAAACGUCAGCAUAGCUGUUACGCAACAUCAUCGAACCCAGAAUUCAAAUGGAGGCACGAAACAAGCAAGUGCUAGCAGCCGGAACGAAUCUUCCCGCGGGACGAAGACAGUCGUGAAUUUGGAAUCAGCGGAAAUGUCUCCGUUGAAGAACUAUUUGAAUACCUUGUACAGCAUUGAUGAUAGCGAUGCCAGCGCUAAACUUGUGCGCGUUAUUGAACCUAAAGAAGAAGACUAUUUUGAGAGCCUGGCAAAAGGAGCCUCGCAGAGGAAGAGCGAAAUCGAAUGCUGGCAUAUUCACCGUCAGUGCUUUGCCUGGUCUUUCGGAAUCGGAUCGCUGAUUGUUUUACUUGGCGUGACAUGUCUCGCAUUGGGUUUUCUACUUCCACGACAUUCAGCGCUUGUUAAUCACGCGGAACACGAUCUUAAAAAGGAGACCUUGCCUCAUUUAAACGAAGGCGAAGAGAAGAUCCUCGACCGCAAGGCUGUCGAGCACAACAACGUGCUGGACACGAUGAAAGUAAGUGGCGGGAUGGCCGUUUGUUUUGGUUCCUUGUUGCUCCUGAUGGCUUUUAUUUUACCUCCUGGAAAUCAUCCGUUGAAAUGGAUCGACGAGGAGGAUCAGCCGAAUAUCCAUCAGCUCAACGAGGCCCUCAGAAAUUGUGGAUUCUAAUUGUUGUCUUCUAACCCUAUCCAUUUCUAUAUUUUGGAUGUUUCUAGUCAACAUUUUUUGUACUCUUUCUUGUACCUGACGUCGGCGACAAGUUAACGUCUCGAGAAAACUUAUCGAGAAACAUGGUAGGCCGCUGAAAUAGAGUUUCGUACUUCUUUUUCCUCUCCCUGCUUCUGCUGUCUGGCAUCAGAAGCAGCAGUCUUAUUGUAUUUAUAUUUGUGGGCUUCAAGUUUAAAAAUCCUGUCCUACAUUACACUCCAGAAUUUUAAAUAGACAUUUUUGUAUUGUCAAACUCGUACCCGAAACGAAUAAUGAUUACAUGUUACAUUUAUUCUUACUGUGUAA